AGAAAGUAGCAUUUUGUGAGUCAGGCGGUCUUGUUCGGUGGAUAGGAUAGAAAAAGAGUAUUAUCACGCAAAGUUUUUGCUAAAUUUAAAUAAAAAGUUUUCAAUAAACAUCCAACAAAAUGUCCACAAUUGCAAAUCCUUUGUCCAUAGCUGGUACCCGCCAUUCGGGCCAGUCUGUGCGUACACAAAAUGUUAUGGCUGCCAGUUCCAUUGCCAACAUUGUUAAGAGUUCCUUGGGCCCAGUGGGUUUGGACAAAAUGUUGGUCGAUGACAUCGGUGAUGUCACUGUCACCAAUGAUGGUGCCACCAUUCUAAAACUUUUGGAAGUUGAACAUCCCGCUGCUAAGGUUUUGGUAGAGCUGGCUCAAUUGCAGGAUGAAGAAGUUGGUGAUGGUACCACAUCUGUUGUUAUCAUUGCAGCUGAAUUGCUUAAGAAUGCCGAUGAAUUGGUUAAGCAAAAAAUUCAUCCAACCUCAAUUAUCUCCGGUUACCGUUUGGCUUGCAAAGAAGCCUGCAAAUACAUCUCUGAACAUUUAACCGCUCCCGUUGAUGAAUUGGGUCGUGAUUCUUUGAUUAACAUUGCCAAAACAUCCAUGAGCUCUAAAAUCAUUGGAGCUGAUGCUGAUUUCUUUGCAGCCAUGGUUGUUGAUGCUUGUCAAGCUGUUAAGAUCACCGAUCCCAAGGGCAACCCCGCCUACUCGAUUAAGGCUGUCAAUGUAUUGAAAGCCCAUGGUAAAUCAGCUCGCGAAUCUCUUUUGAUUCCUGGUUAUGCUCUCAAUUGUACAAUUGCCUCCCAACAAAUGCCCAAGAAGAUAGUCAAUGCCAAGAUUGCCUGUUUGGAUUUCUCUUUGCAAAAGACCAAAAUGAAGAUGGGCGUGCAGGUGUUGAUCAACGAUCCCGAUAAGUUGGAGGGUAUUCGUGCUCGUGAAUUGGACAUUACCAAGGAACGUAUUAACAAAAUUUUGUCGACUGGCGUUAAUGUUGUUUUGUGUUCGGGUGGUGUUGAUGAUUUGUGCAUGAAAUAUUUCAUUGAAGCCGGCGCCAUGGCUGUGAGACGUGUUAAGAAGAGCGAUUUGAAGAUUAUUGCCAAGGCUACCGGUGCUGCUUUCUUGACCUCACUCACCAAUAUGGAAGGUGAUGAAAGUUUCGAUGCCUCCAUGGUUGGUGAAGCUGCUGAAGUUGCCCAGGAACGUAUCUGCGAUGAUGAACUCAUCCUCAUCAAGGGCACCAAGGCCAGAGCUGCCGCCUCCAUCAUUUUGCGUGGCCCCAACGAUUUCUACUGUGAUGAAAUGGAAAGAUCCAUCCACGAUUCAUUGUGUGUUGUCAAGCGUGUCUUGGAGAGCAAAAAGGUCGUCGCCGGUGGUGGUUGUGUUGAGGCUGCUCUUUCCAUCUAUCUCGAAAACUUUGCCACCUCUCUGAGCUCCCGCGAACAAUUGGCCAUUGCUGAAUUUGCCAAAUCUCUUUUGGUCAUCCCCAAAACUUUGGCUGUCAACGCCGCCAAGGAUGCCACCGAUUUGGUAGCCAAAUUGCGUGCCUACCACAAUUCCAGCCAGACCAAGGCUGAACAUGCAGAUCUUAAAUGGACCGGUUUGGAUUUGAUUGAAGGUGUUGUCCGUGACAACAAGAAAGCUGGCGUACUCGAACCUGCCAUGUCCAAGAUCAAGUCUCUGAAAUUCGCCACAGAAGCUGCCAUCACCAUUUUGCGUAUUGAUGACAUGAUCAAAUUGAAUCCCGAAGAAAAGCCCGACAAAUCGUAUGCUGAUGCAUGUGCUGCUGGUGAACUUUAA